AUGGUUCCAUACCGUCCACCAACGCCACCUCCUCAACUUCCACUACAAGUGCUUGAGAAGAUUAGAGGAUUGGGUGGGUAUGACGAGAAGUUUGUGCUCCGAAGGAACGUAACCAAUAGUGACUUGGAUGUCGGACAAGCCCGUUUUACUAUGACCGAAAACCAGUGUGUUAGAGGAGUACUUGAUCACUUGGGUACAAAUGUUCCUGUAAUUGUGAUAGGGCCUAAUAUUAACUUGAACGUAACAGAGCUUAACUUCACUAAGUGGGCUUCUACUAAGAGCUAUAUUCUGAAUGGUCAAUGGAAAGAAUUUCUUCAGAAUAAUAUUGAUGAUAUUAAGGAGAAAGAUGAUGUACAAGUUUGGACUUUUCGGAUUUUGCCGCAGUUACCGUAUCCUAAUCCGGUUGCGUAUGGUUUCGCCAUCGUUAAGCCAUAA